UUAAAGUACUCCAUGUAUAUAGUUAAAAAAUGGGAGGGCGCACUUGAACCGAGCUGCUCUAUGAAGGUAGGCUGCAGCGUGUGUUUAUUGAUGAGAUGAAAAGAAGAUGGAAGUGAGAAAUGAAACAAAGUAAAAGGGGCGCACUGAAAAAGAAAAACUAAAACGUGCUUCGUCGGGGGAGAGCGAGCGAGAAGACGGGGGAGCCGCGGACACGCUAUCGCGACUUUUUCAGCGAGCUUCGAAGUGCAGAGCCGAGCAACACAUGAUUUGGACAGAGAGGACUGACAGCAUUGCCUAGCGCCAGGCCUCUGAUCAGCCAUCUCCACCAGCAAAUGAAAGCCUGACCCGCACUUCAUCACCAGCCUUCACAAGCAUUUCAUUAAAACAAAACAAAACACACAAUAACGUCAUCUAACUGUGACAUCAGUUGCAAGGGGAUGACCGAGCGCAUUCAUAACAUCAAUCUCCACAACUUCAGCAAUUCUGUACUCGAGACCCUCAAUGAGCAGCGCAACCGCGGGCACUUCUGUGACGUGACCGUUCGGAUCCAUGGAAGUAUGCUGCGAGCUCACCGGUGCGUGCUGGCUGCUGGAAGCCCCUUCUUUCAGGACAAGCUGCUCUUGGGCUACAGCGACAUCGAGAUCCCCUCCGUGGUCUCAGUGCAAUCCAUCCAGAAGCUGAUAGACUUUAUGUACAGUGGAAUCCUGCGAGUGUCUCAGUCAGAAGCUCUGCAGAUACUUACUGCUGCCAGCAUCCUGCAGAUUAAGACCGUCAUUGAUGAGUGCACCCGCAUCGUGUCCCAGAACGUGGGCCUGGCAGGCCCGGGGGGUUUUCCAGUUAUACCAGGAGAUUCUGGUCAGGAAACGCCUCGAGGCACGCCAGAGUCUGGCACCUCCGGGCCCAGCAGUGAUGCAGAGUCAGGUUAUAUGCAAGCAACAUCUCAGCAAAGUGUAGAACGUACUUACACGUCGCUCUACUCCUACCCGGGCCAUUCUCUGCAGAACGGCACCCGCGAGCGCCCCCUUUACAUUAACCCUUUGUCGACAAAUUAUGACUCAAGCACUCAGAAGGACCAGCAAUCUCAGGAUCCACCCUGGAUGAACCGAAUCCAGGAGAGAUCUCAGCAGAUCGAUCGCUUCAUUUCCACUGCAGAGUCCACUCACUGCCGCAAGCAACCCCGACCGGUACGCAUUCAAACAGGAGGGAUGCACAUCAAGGAGGAGGCCGAAGACGAGUACACCUGCUACGAUGACAUGGGGGACUGCCAAGACGACACAGAUCACAACGAGGGGGUAGAGGGUGAAUCCAAGAUUGAAAGUUUUGACUCAGGGGUGAGCUCCUCCAUCAGUACAGAGCCAGACAUCAUGGAGCAGCAGUCGUACCUGACGGGCUAUGGGCGAGACGGGGGCGGGGAGGUGCAGCAGGGCAAUGGAGCUCCGGUGCAGAUAAAGGUCAACGACUCAUCCCCCGAGCAGAUGCAAAAGGCAGAGGAUGGAGACACAUCCCACAGCACUAGUGACAGUAGCAUGAUGCAGCCGCAGCCAAACCCAAUCAAACUCAGUCCCAUGUCGCAGUACAUGCGCCAGAUAGAAUCACACACCAGCAAUCUGAGGAUGCCGCUCACGGUGACCAGCAACUCCCAGGUGAUAGGCUCUGGUGGAAGCACCUUCCUGCCCACUCUCUUUCCUACACAGCCGGCUAGAGACCACAAGCCUUUCCUUUACCUUUCUGGCCAGCAGCAACCCCAGUUUGUGGCAGUGCCGCCCCCCACAAUGCCAUCAUUCCCAAACCCCAUGUCGGUACCACAGGCUGCAGCUCAGCAGCAGCAGGCUGCUGGAGGGAUUGGUCAGGGAGAGAAGAAGCCCUAUGAAUGCACUCUCUGCAGUAAAACCUUCACUGCAAAACAGAACUACGUCAAACACAUGUUUGUCCACACUGGUGAGAAGCCUCAUCAGUGCAGCAUCUGCUGGCGCUCGUUCUCCCUGAAGGAUUACUUAAUUAAACAUAUGGUGACACACACAGGGGUGCGGGCCUACCAGUGCAGCAUCUGCAACAAGCGUUUUACCCAGAAGAGCUCUCUCAACGUCCACAUGCGGCUGCACCGUGGAGAGAAGUCCUAUGAGUGCUACAUCUGCAAGAAGAAAUUCUCACACAAGACCUUGCUGGAGAGGCACAUGGCCCUGCACAGCACAGCCAGCGCCAUCACGGGGCUGUCGGCAAGCACGGGCGCCCCGGGCCCAGUCUCCAUCCCCAUGCCUAUGGCCGUCCCCGAGCCCGGAGCUGGAGUGGUGGCCCUCGCCAUGCCAGUAAGUGGAGGUGCUGGAGUCGGGGCCGGGGUUGGAACAGGAGUGGGUGUAGCUGCUGAAGCGAGCUGCCAAGAAGGGACCACCUACGUGUGCUCCGUCUGCCCUGCCAAGUUCGACCAAAUGGAGCUCUUCAAUGACCACAUGCGAAUGCAUGUCUCCGAUGGAUAAGUACAAACAAGAAAAAAAAACUUCUUUCAAAAAGAAUGACAAAUACAAUGGCACUAGAUUUUCCUUUUCUUAUUUUGAGGUAUGAAGAGUAAUGAGUAUAGACACUGGCACAUUAAGUUUCCCCAAAAAAAGUCUCUUUCUUUUUUGUUAUUCUAAAAGAAAAAAAAAGAUGGUGGCCUUAAGGUUUAGUAGUUUGAUAUUGAUCUACUGGAUGGAUCCGAACUACAGGCCUCUAAAUGUAUGCUUUCCUAAAAUACUGAUUUAUGUGUUGAACACUACCGAAAGGCCUACGAAAGAAACACAUACACACAAACACACCUUUAGUGUAGAAGAGUCGGCGUGACUAUAAAUGAGCAAAUAUGUUUGUGUUUUUACAUGUGUCUGUUUAUUUGUUCAAGCGUGUGUGUGUGUGUGUGUGUGUGUGUGUGUGUGUGUGUGUGUGUGUGUGUGUGUGUGUGUGCGCACGCGCGCACUGCCAUGAAACAGAAGUCAUGGUGGUUGUAAACCCAUACUGACCAGUUUGGAAACUAUAGAUGUCCAAGCUUACUGUGGUAUAAUUUUCAACAAUAACAAUAAACAAAACAAAAAAAAAAACCUGAAAAAAAUACAUCUGGGGUUGGGCUACAUAUUCCCUCUAAAAUACAGAUGGUCACAAGAUUGCCUUCUUACAUCUAAAAAAGGAGAGUACUUAAUUUGACACUGGGUUUUAUUUAUUCCUGUGGUUUUAAGGGAUUGUAAUGCAGCUGUUGUCAAGGUACCAAUCUGAAUCAUUCUUCUGAGCUGCAACUUCCUGUCAGAUGUGAUGGGGAGAAGGAGUUCUCAUGCUUUAGAGUUCUUAUCCAUGCAUUUUGGUGGUUUACAAAAUUUUGGCGUGUUGAUGAGACAGUAUUUGAGCUAAAUAAUGUUCUUAUUUCUUCUCUGGAGUUUAACACAUUUGCAUCCACUGCCUCUUCAAAUCCUGAAAGACUGUUAAGGCUACAGGACCUCUUCCGCUGCAAAACCUAUACAAACACAGGAAGAGCCUUUUUGCUGAUAUGUAUUUUUUUUUGUUUGUUUUUUAGCCUUUUACAUUUACAGUCUCGGCAGGCUGGAACAUGUGUUUAAACUCCUUCAUUAUUGCUGCUCCUCAACUUGCACCCGACUGUUAUGGGAUAGUUAUAAAAAAAAAAGAAGAAUUUGUCUCUUAAACUAUUGAGUAGCCUGCUUAAUUUGAAUUUCAUAAUUGAAUUAGGAUUUAGUCGGGAGGGGUAGGCUAGUUGUUGAUUACAACAGUGUUUUGAAAUAUGGUGUAAUUGAAUUUGAAUUGGACCUAAAAGCGGAAAAAUUGCCUCCCUGAUCCUUUAACGUCUUUACAAUCAGUUUUUUUCUACGACUGCAAAGCUAUUUCAGCAGCUGGGAGCUGAAUGCAUUACGUUCGUGCAUUUGGCUCUCCCUAAAGGCUCAAGUAGCAUGCAACGUAUCUGAAAGGAAGUACAGUCUGAAAGCAAAACAAGCAGCUCCAUCAAUCAAUUACACUGUUUCAUGAUAUACCACAAGUUGCAGAUGGACUGUGCAGAUGAAAGCAUACAUUCCUGAUUUUUCUAAUAUUUAAAUGCACCACGUAUGGAAUAGAUAUGGAGACUUGUGUGUUCAAGUUCAUGCAUCACAUCCCUUUUUUAUUGUAUUUUUUUGUCCUUCCAAAAUAGGUCUCUCACACACACACACACACACACGCAUGCACGCACGCACGCACACACACACAACUGCCUGCAACUGCAUUGUGAAGGAUUUGCUUCUUUAAGUUAGCAUAACCUUUCGUAGUUGCACAAGUGGAAGAAUAACUAACUGCAUACACGCGUCUUUAAAAGACUCGCUGUCCAUUCAGAAAAAAGGUGCAACUUUGCACAUUUUCUUAAAAUGCCUGUGCUUAAUGUUUAAUCAUUUUCCUUAGAUGAGCUUCUGUUUUAUUCAAUUUUAAAGAAUUUUUUUAUCUUGACUUGGACUGCAUUAUUUUCUUGCAUAUAUGUUGCACUGCUUAAACCAAUAAGUGCACUACUGUUAACAGAGAUAUAGUUUUAGAAAAAUUGAUUUUUUUUUUCAUUUUUUGGAGGUCACACGAAUAGCGUCGUCCCUUCAUUCAGUAAUUUAGUAACUCUUGGCUUUUGUUAUUGCUUGCUUUUACCUACAGCAUAUAUUCUUGUGCUGUCUUAAUACAAGCUUUUGUUUUUAUUGAGACCAUUUGGUGUGCUCACCUGUGUUUGAAAUAUUUUAUGGGUUCAGUUCCCUACAGGACUUUUAUCUGAUCUUUUUAUUUUCAAAUUCGAAAGCAGUGCAGACUUUUCCUAUGAGAACAUAUAAGCCAAACAUCAUGAACAGUGAAACAACAGUAAUAAUAGUAUACAAUCUCCCAUCCAACCAAGUUGGUGGAGGUAAAAUGAAUAACUUAUAGGAUUAUUAUUAAUAAUAACACAAAUUUAAUAUGUGUGUGUGUGUGUAAAAUAAAUGACAUGUGCGUUUAAAGGUGGGAGAAGGUGAUGGAAUGCAGCUUCUGUAGUAACUGUCUUGUACACAGUUGUGUUCCUUCCUUGGUGUUUGUGUGUCUGUGGAUGUCUGUGUGUGGUAAUUAUUAGCCUAAUCAAAUAGUUGAUAAGUGGAAUUUCUCAACUGUAGGGCUUCCUUUGCAAUAUGCAGCACAGGUACUGUGGGAAACAGCUCUCCAAACCUUUUGGGCUAAUAAGGCACCUGUAACUUUUUAUUCUUUGUUUGUUAUUGUUUUUAUUUUUUCUGAGAGUCAAUCAAAGCUUAGGUCCAGCACCGCGAAAUUCAGUUUGGAGAAGCUGAACGUCUCAAUGCUUGAUGUCCUUAGCUAGUCGUGUGGAGUCAGUUUUAGAUAAUCAAUAAGCACCCAAUGGAUAAAUGUUCAAAAACAAACAAAAAAAAAAGAUUUCAAACACUGACCAUGCGUAGGGAGACGUGUUAAAAACACGAAGCGAGUCCUCAGUAAAAGUAGCACAUUAUUGAACAUUUGAUUGGGCCUGUCUUUAUAUGGUGUGUAUAUGAGCCUAAACUGUAUGGCUCCUAUUCGUAGCUGCUGUUGCCAGGACGGCAAUAUUGCUGCAUGCUAGUGCUAUAUUUGUCUCUACACAACACGUGGAGGGUAAUCUCAUGCCUUAACAGACAAUGCACUAAAACAGAAUAUGUAAGCAACUGCCGUGAUCAUCUUGUUUUUGUUUUCCAACAGUAUUGCCACUCGUAUGGCACGCAGCUCCUGACGUUUCGUUGUCCCUUCGAGUCGAACACUGCCAAACUAACAUCAUCACUUCUUAAACUAACAGCAAAGGCAGAGGCGGUGAACCGAACUGCUUCGGUGAUUGAGCAUUCCACCAUGGCACCUGAAAUUUGACGCAUUUUUUGUGUGAACACGUUUAUCAAAUGCACUAUUUGACUGUAGCUAGAUGAGUACAACCAUCCUUGUGCUGUCAUUGGUCUAAGUAGUAGUAGCUUGAUGUUGGUUCUUGAGAUGUUUGGUUUCACAAUUACACAAUCAGAUGUUUCUCUAUCCCUUUUAAUUUUGUUUCAGUUUUAGAUAAUGAAAGUAGCCAAUCUUCAUGUGAUCCGGAUGAGGGCUGAGAACUCGUCCCGUUGUCGGUUGACUUUUUGUAUCAUAGGGUGUUUGAUAGCAGACCAGGCUCGGAAGGGGAAGAACUUUUGCUCCGGUGUGUCAUAACGUGCUUUAGCAUAGCAUUACCCCCAUCCCCCCGUUGCAUUAGCAUCACGUGCUCUUCACUGUCCAUAGUUAUAUAUUCCUUAGAUUGCUUCAGCUAAUUGUGGUGGUGCUUAAUUCUUCUCUCGGUUGCAAGAAAAUGACAAAAAAAUAGUUUAAAGGUGUUGAGACAUUAUCCAGAGAAUAAGUCCUUAUCUCAAAUUUGUGCUUCUUCUAGUCGUAGGUCUAGACUCUUUAUGUUUGCAAAGUGUGCGCAUAUUUUCCAGAAAAAAAACAUGUUGAAAAAUAGAUGCUGAUAGCCUGCAGCUGAUUGUGUUGUAGUUUAAAUAUAUUCCUGUUUGUUUUGUUUAUCUUAGCGUAGAGACACAGGGUCUAACAAUACAAUGUUGUCCUUCUUGCAGUAAGUUUAAAAAAGUCAUUGUUGAGCUGAAUUAUUUUAAGGAUUCCUCCUGCUUCUCUGGUGGUCAUAAAUGGUGUUGUUCAUAGCUUCGCGUGGCUGGAUUAGUCGGUUAUUUUUUACAGUGUGCUAUGCUUUGCUUUGAGAUGAAUGGAAGAGAGUAACGGUGAGGGUGGUUUUUGAGCAUGUCUUUCAGUCCGUCUCCACACUUUUCUACUUACCUUUUUUUUUUUUACUUAAGUCGUAAAACUCAGAAAACUUCAGAAAACAGCGUUCAGAUGACACAUUUUUCUGUCCUUCCAUGAGUACACAUAAGAGUAAAAUAGUUCUUACAAAUAUUCUAUAUAUAUUUUGAGUAUCGCCAUGUCCACACAGAUAAAGAAUACAUUUUUUCAGAUAGUUUCAUAAAAUCGUAACCGCAGCUAGAAGAGUUUUAACCUUGUGGGAUAUAGGGAGUACGCCUAUCAAGUGCCUAUCAGUACAUACAGCAACUAUACAGAAUAUUCAUAGUUUUUCUCUCCUGCGUUGCACAAAAAAACAAUAUAUACACAAUGGAUUAUUAAAAAUAUACUAUUUAUACAAGUAGUUGUGAGUGCAGCAUCAAAGAACCCUUUAAAUUACCUGAAAUGUUUUAUUCAUAUACAGUAAAAAAUAAAAUAAAAUAAAUGACAUCCGCAGCUCUUUUCUGUGUUGUGCUUAGACCAUCUGGAGGACUUAAAGAUUUAAAAUGCAAUCACAGCUUCUUUUUCCUUUUCUGUUAAACAAUCUGACUUUUUUUUUUUUACUUAUUUUUUUAUAUUUACAGUUCCUGCCAUUUGCAAACAAGCCAUAAACCGGAAUGUGCUGUACACGUGUGAGUGGGGGGGCUGGUGAGCAGCAGGGGGAGACACACUGACAACUGGACGAGGGAACGUUUACACACCUGCCUCUCACAAUGAAAGAAAAUCCCGGUUUAAUCCGUGGGUUUUUAUUUAUUUUUCUGGAACGCCUUUGUUGGUAAAUAAUGCCAUUUUGCAGAUUAAAGCAGCGUCUUUAAAGCCAGCAGGAGUUCCCUCGGCUGAGUGUGAAGGUUUGCAGGUCUGUAGGAGCUGCUUGUAGCUGGUUUCAAAGUAUGCUUUGAUAAAAGACCUUUAACACGUGCAAACCAACCCCCCAGUUCCCCCACAAUGAUUAUUUAAGACGGUCAGGUUGUUUUGUUUUUUUAAUCUACAACCUAAAGUAAGAAAGGCCAUGCAGUGAGAAAUGUGGAAAAUUAAAUCAGUGCUAAAGUAGCUGAAAUUUUAAAUCACCUCGUGAAAACGAAAAAAAAAAAAAUACAUUUCUGGCGACAGAUAAACAGCGUUACUCUUUGCACAGCGGUCCUCAACUGGUUGGAUGAACAGCAUGGAAACAAAAAAUUAUGGAAGAAUAAAAUAAAAUAAAACAUAAAUCAAGUUACAGAACUGAGUUACUGCCAGAUAAAAAGAUUUUGGAAAGACUUAUUAUUCCGUCCCCUGUGGACUAAUUACCACAGUUUUCUCUCUAACCUUCUCCAACUUAGUGGCUGUGCCAGGUUUCGGGGAGGGGUGUGUUUUUAAAUUAUACCAUCAAUGUUAAAUUAAAAGUGAGAAACAGAGAAGCAGGAAGGACGGAUCCUUCUUCACGGGUUUUCAUUUAAAUUUCAGAAGUCGUGUGAAACCAAAAGCGAGUGAUUGGCUUCAUUUUGAAUCUUCAAAUCCUCUUUAAUGCAUCAGUUAGAAGUAAAUAGGAGAAAACAGUUUCAUAGACUUGUAGUGUUAAAGUGCAGCGUUUAAAUAAUAUAGGCAAUGUGAUAUAGCUAUCCCUGUCAUCCAGAGCAGCAUCUGUUCAGGUUGUGUCCAGAUCCUGUUUUCAUUUUGAGCUUUACAAACAGUCGAGCAGCAGAUUUUUUAAGUUCGAAACAGCCAAACUAAGCUACAACAUCUAGUUUUAUUCACAACAAUGCAGUUAUUACACCAGGUUUGAUUCAUCACCAGACCAAAUCUAGUCCCAUUUAGUCACCGGAGGAGAGCACAAACUCUAUUUCCUCGUUAACUCUUCUUCAUCCCACCGACGAGGGGACUCUGGCGUGUUUUAGCCUCCAAAGACUAAACACGCAGCCUUUUUGUGUUCUCAAGUCACUGCCGACUCCUUGGCGUAGUUCAUUGUGAUGGGACAAUUUAAAGUGUGCAACAGCGUGAUUAAAAAAACAACAACAUGCAUUCCUGCUUGAGUCCAGCACAUUCCAACUUCUCGUCUGGAAUUAGAUUUCUACGCUUAAUUAGUGAUAAUAUCACAUCAAAUCUCUCAUGGCUUUGUACAAAUCUGUUGCUUGUUUCCUCAUGUAACCAUCAUGUCACAAAUCAUCUUCAAGUACAGGAAGAUCCCCUUAAGAAUCAUAUCAGUGGGUUUCCACUGUUCGAAGCUCUGAGCACAGCUGAUUAUUCCAGUGUGGACUGGUUUUACGGGCCGUCACGCCACCGCUCUGACUGGCUUACUCUCACAGAACAGAGACACGCGUUAAAAAAAUCAAAUUACCUAAAGAGCCAAAACGAAAAGUCAAGGCUCUCAUCGCCAUGACGAUUACUCAGCCAACAAUGCAGACUUCGGUUAGAGAUGUUAGCGCAUCUGUAUGAAAGGUUGUAAAAUGCUAAUGUUAAAAAAAAUCACACAGAACACACACACAUACACACACACACAGCUGUAUUAGACAAUGUUUGUUUUUACAAACCAAAGAAGGGUUAAAAUGAUUUGAGUUUUUUGGAGAAAUGAGUUUUUAUUGUGCGUGUGGGGUUUUCUGCAAUCGGGCUCGAUUGCUGUAAUUUUAGUUUUCUUCUUCUUCUCUUGGCAGGGUGCUUGUGAAACGGCGUAUGUGCUUUGUCACCUGAUUGGUUGUUUAUAGUUUUGUGGUUGUGUUCAUUUGCCUAUCGUAGACCAAAAUAGAAUUUUUCUUUUUUAUAUGAAAUGCAACAAAACACACAACAAAAAAAGGAAUCUGACACAGUAGCUGUGAUGUAAACUAUGGCGUGUUCUAACGUGUAAGAUUGUCCCUCUGACAAAAUCCAAUCAUUUGUCUAACACACACAUUAAUGGAAACCCUUCUACAUCUUUUUAUUUCCUUUUUUGUGGGAUUACUGUAAACUAGUCUGAUUUUUACAGCAGGUUUCUUUAAAUAUUGGCACUGUCGAGUAUUUAUAAUCUGUCCCUAAAGUACUAAUCUGACAUUGUGGCUUAAAAUCCUUUCAGCCAUUUAUUUUUUACUUGAGAUGGACCAAGAUUUAAAAGUUUGCACAUUAUUUGUAGGUUUUCUAUUGAAGCCAAAAAAGUAAAAGCAACACACAAUUUUCAAUCUCAACGGUUUAACAAGUCAACUUUCUCAAAGGCAAAAGAAAUCAACAGAGCCACCCAUCAAUAUGUUACCAAAACCAAAUUCAAGAUGGAUUCAACCAUCAUAAUAUAAACCCAAAAAGCAUUUUUUACCAAGUGAUUUUUUGUAUGGACACUCAUAUUUUUCGAGAAGAAUGUAAAGCUUUGGACAAAUUAGCAUAUUUGGCUGCAGAAAAUAUUUUAUCUCUGUUAAGUUUUAACUCUUGGUAACUGCUGUAUUCAGUAAAUCACGUGGUUCUCAAACGGGGAGUUAAAUUACUGUAAGCACAGCAAUGUUUUAUAGAAGAUGAAAAAAUGACUAAAACAUUGUACCACUUCAUACAGUAUACCCAAAAAACAAAAACAGUUUCUCCUUUUCUUUUUACAUCGGGCUUUUUGCUGCCAUAUCAUGUAUGUAGAUGCUUUUGUACACAUGCACUUGAGUUUAACUUUGAGAUGUGCUUAUGAAUAUGUGUGUAUAUUUUGUUUUCUGGCUUAUGUUAGCUUGAUAUUUGAAUAUUUCCCCACAAAUUACUACUUGGAUUUGAAUCUGAACGUGGCAGAAGUGGAGCUGUUGUAGUCAAAAGGUAGUUUAAACAUCCAAACUAAGCAACCCUGAAAUGUAUGCUGCAGUAAUGUGUGUUCAGUUUAUUUUUUAUAAUUUAUGCUCCAAGUUGGUUUGUAUUUUAUUAUUAUUAUAUUAUUAUUAUUAUUGUUCGUACGAAAUGAAACAAGCUUGUUUGAAAUGUGUUGACUGCUGUUUUGAAAUAGGGGAUAAAGUUAGUUUUUAGGUAUGCGCAAGGACGUUUUUUUUUUAAUAAUAUGAUUUGUCAAACACUGGACUGGAGUGAGUUUUCCAACAUUUCCAAGCUGAGAGAUGUAUUUGACAAACGUAACUGCACAGAUGACGCCCGUUAGCCCAUUAGCCCGUUAGCAUAGAUGUGAGCUUCGCCUGUUUACUGGAGAGGGUGACACUUGAAUGCCGCUGUCCUCCCGUUCAAAAUAGGAGCCGUUAGAAUGUCAAAAGUAAAGGUUAAGACGUUGAUUUGUGCUGGUUAUUUGUGUUGUGAUGGGUUAUUUCCAUCCAUCCAUCCCUGGACAGAGUGCCAGUCCAUCGCAGGGCAACAGAGACACACAGGACAAACAAUCACACACACUCACACCUAAGGACAAUGUACACAGACCAAUCAACCAUAUGGGCCAUUCCCAUCUGUACCGGGUCGGCCCGGGCCGGGUAGCCCCAGUCGGCCCCAGUCGGCCCCAGCCUGGCCCGGUUGAUUCCACACAUCCUUGUCUUAAGCCCAUGUGGGCUGAUUCUACCCACCAAUCAGAGGCUUGCUCUAAUGGAAGGUGUGAAUUUGCUGUCAGCAGUGGGUGUGUUGGCCCUGGUCGGCCUGAAGCAGACCCCCUCGAGAAGAGGGCUGAGAAUGAGCCUUGGUUGGCCCGGGAAAAUGCCAGGCCACCCAGAUAUGUAAACAACCUACGCUACCCGGCCCGGGCCAACCCGGUACAGAUAGGAAUGGCCCAUAACAGUCAUGUUUUUGGACUGUGGGAGGAAGCCGGAGUACCCAGAGAGAACCCACGCAUUCACAGGGAGAACAUGCAAACUCCAUGCAGAAAGAUACCAGGCUGGGAAGCGAACCCAAGACCUUCGUGCUGCAAGGCAACAGCUCUAACCACUGUGCCACUGCGCAGCCCUGAUGGGUUAUUUAUGAUAGGAAAUAUUUAUUAGGAGGUUUCCUUCCAAAUUGUUGCACGACAUAGACUAGUGACGUUUUUUUUUUUUUUUUUUUUUUUUUUUUUACAAAAGAACGAGUGCUUUUUUGAGUCUUCGUAAAGGGACACCACUUCAUAAAUAAAACUAGCUAACAAACAUUAGAGCAGAUUGUUUCAUCAGACCAAACACCACUUAUCAAACCAGAAAAGAGAUUUGCACUAGACUGAUUUUGGUCUUCUUCUAUCAAAAGCAAUAUGAUCAACUACUCAUUUCUGAACCAUAGAAUCGCACGUUUGUCACCUGAAGUGCGAAUGGCGAUAUUUGACUUUUUGUUUUCAUAGGUACAGAAUGUGUUGCCUUUCGAGGUGCACAUCCACAUGUUGUUUGUAGCAGGGUUUUUAUUAUUGAUUUUUUUUUACCCAGCACUAUCCCAAGUAUUAUUGUCCAUGACUGAGUGGCAUUAAAACAGUUGUUUCCUCCUCCUGUGAUUAUUUUGGACAAACCACACAGCUCUUGCAGAGAUCCUAAGUGGGGAGACGGGAUGUGAGGAAAAAGAAUCAUUCACAAUGAGUCAGUGUCAGUCGUCUGCAUCACACAGGCUCGAAACGAAACUAAAAACCAAAAUCUAAAACCCAGCCUACACCCUUCUCUUUUAGAAGCACGGAUCCUAGAUUUUUGCAUAUUUGGUCACUUUGAGUGCUUUUUGUUUCCACUAAGAUGCUGCAAAUUUACAAAAAAACAUGCUUUAAAGUAAAUCAGUAAUAUCUCUACACACAUCAUUUGGCUUUUUGUCUACCAAAAUGUAUGAAAUCGUCUACAACGGCCAAUAAUUUUGUCACAAUUUUGUUGACGUGUCAAUUUUUCAAUAACUCACACACACACACAGCAAAACUUCACCAUUCUAUCUGGAUGUAGUGGCUUUUCCUGUUUUCUCCGCUUUGUGGUGUUGUUGAAAGAUGUUGCGGUUUGACUAAAUAUGUUGCGUGUUAGAGGAAGCAUAUAAGUAUGUGCCUUCUUGUUAUCUCCUUGGUGAGCUUGUUAUUAUUGAGAUGCUGAAGCCAGCCAAUUGUGUUUGCACUAAAACCAAAUUGCUUUUUUUGUGAUGUUAGACUAUUUAAGCAAGCUUGUUGCGUCACUUUAACCGUACAGUAUGCAUGAGGGUGAAAUUUGGUAAGUCUAGGGCUAGAGCUCUCAUCUGUUGAUCUGUAAAACCAGUGCAGCUUAGAGGAUCUUGUGAAUAUAUCUCGGCUUAGUUUCACGUUUAGUUUUCAAGUCCAUCUCCUUACACAUCCACUUUUAUUGUUUGUUGUUGUUUUAUUUUUAUUUUUUACAAUUUCAGCAGUAAAAUCACAUAAAACCUGAAAAAAAUCAAAUCACAUAUACCAUGAAUACAGCUUUUACUUUCACAUGCCACAGUUUGAGUUACAUAACUGCAGAAAAUAUCUUCUUUUCCAAAUCCAUGGGAAUGCAUGAGUAUACGAGGUCGCCUCAAGACUCUUGGUCCAAUUUUUGUAGGUAUUUUGCUAAAUUUGAACACAGUUUUUCAGCAGCAUCUAAAAAAGGCCUACAUGUCUUACAGUAGCACCUUAUUCAUGUCAGUCCACAUUUGGUAAAACAACAAUAAAAACAUGCUGGCAGUUUAAUAUCGCGGAUUUAGCACCUUACUACACAGCAUGUUUUCACUUUAUGCCAGUUUAGUUCCACUUCCAUAUGUACGAUUUCAAACUAAAUCUCAUAUUUUGUGAAACAGUUUUUAAGGGACGUGCCAAAGUUUGGAGGCGAUCUCUCGAGUGUUUAUGCGCAUCAUUUUCCUUUCCACCUUCAGUUAUACCAACCGUAUGUCGAAACUUUCCUAUAAACAGUGUGUGGAAAUCAAUUUAUCUCAGCAAACAGUAUCAUUACUUGCCAUUUUACAAUAAGCCCUGUAUUUCACAUAUAUUUACCAGUGAUGUGUAUUUGUUAUUAUAAAAGAAAAUAGCCGUAAAAGCUUCAUUAUGUUACAUAAUAUUGUGACUUUUUUCGAAAAACUGUGAAGACUUAUCUUGCAUAUACUUUAUAAAGAAGUAUUAAGCCUUAAUACAAAAGACUAAAAAAAGUGUGGAAGAAUAAACUGAUUGUUGCUAAGUAAGGAUGAUUUUUGUAAAUGUUACCAGCACUUUUUUUGUAAUUUUCACUCUGAGGUAUUGUACAAGUUCAAGCUGUUUGUGAAGUUUGAUUAUGAAGGAAUAAAAACUAGUACUUUCCUGUACUUCACAGAACGUCUUGUUGCUUUUUUCUUUUUGUCUUCAGUCUCUUCUCACGUACUGAUGCUGUUGUGACGCAUUGACGUCACACCAGUGACGUGUAGAGAUUUCUAACAAUAGAAUAGAAGAGCUAUCGUCAGAGCGGAGACAAAUGUUAUAGCAGCAAAGCUGUCAUUUCUACAUGACAUGGUUAUUUACAACAAAAAACUGUUAUUCGUAGCAGAAAUGAGGUAGCGGCAGCACUUCCUGCUCAAAGGACAACUCUUCCUGUUGGAUUUUUGAAAUUAUUAAAACAGACAACCAUGUAAAAUUUUGUAACUUAACUCAAAGAUAAACUGCUAUGAGACGUUAGCCUGGCAAGUCAUCCUGUUAAAGAGAGAGCACAAAAAUAGGACAUCCUAGAUCUGAAUGAAUGAAAUAUUCUUAUUAAAUACUUUGUUCCAUACCAUACCAUAGUUUAUUCAUUUAGCACGUUUAAAACGCAGCAUGGGAGCUGCCCAAAGUGCUGCACAGGCUGGACCAAAACACGACCAAUCUUAGCAACUAAAACAGAAGAUAAAAAUACUGAUCAAAAGCAGAUAAAACAUGAGGAAUACUAAGAACAAUAAAACACUAAAACGAGUCACUGUCUAAAAGCCGCAUCGUAGAAGUGGGUCUUUAAACGAGAUUUAAAAACCGCCAAUGAUGGAGCCUGUCGGACUAUAAUGGGUAGAGACUUCCACAGCUGUGGGGCAGCAUGUACAAAUGCUCAUUCACCCCGUGGUUUGUAACGCAUCCGAGGCGUGCAAAGCAGCAGGAGGUCAGCCGACCUCAACGUGCGCGUGGGUACAUAGGGAGUGAGCAGGUCAGAGAGAUAGGGAGGUGCCAGGUCGUUGAGCGUUGUGCUUUAAAGACAAAAGUCAAUAACUUAAACUGUUCUUUACAUAGUUGAAUGGGCUGACAAUAAAAUCACACAAAAUGUAUCUAUGGAAAUCUAAUUUAUCAACCCAUGGAGGUCUGGAUUUGGAGUCACACUCAAAAUUAAAGUGGAAAAACUCACUACAAGCUUUAUCCAACUUUGAUGUGAUGUCCUUAAAACAAGUCAGGAUGAGGCUUCAUGUGUGUGGCCUUCAUGUGCCUGCAGAAGAAGAAACCAUCUUCUAAAUAGCACCACGCAAGAUAAAUAUGAGGAACAUCACAAGAACAAAAUCUUUAAAUAAUUGAAAAAGUAUUAAUAUUGUGAAUUGGAAAAGGAAAGAGAAAAUGGUUAUCAGUGGAUCCCAGGAAAGGCGGAAAUGGUAGAAAGCAGAAUAAGGAGAGGGUGGUGAUGAAGGUCAUACAAAAGCCAGCUUGAGUUUUCAGCUGCUUUUUAAAGGAGACCACUGAGUCCACUGAUCUCAGGCUCAGGGGGAGAGGGGUCCAGAGUCUGGGGGCCACAGCAGCAAAUGAUCUGUCACCCUUGGUGUUUAGCCUGGUGCUGCACAACCAGUAGGCUUUGGUCACUGGACCUCAGGGACCUGCUGGGGGUGUAGGGACUUAAGAUCACCAAUGUAAGAUGGUGCUUGUCCAUGUAAGGCCCUAUAGACCAGAACCAGGAUCUUGAAAUUAACCCUGAAGUUGACUGGCAGCCAAUGAAGCUGGAGGAGAAGCAGGGUGAUGUUGGUGUGUUUGGAGGACUUGGUCAGAAGCCGAGCACAGGCAUUCUGAACCACCUGUAGACGGUUCUGGGAGGCUUUGCUCAGACACGUGAAAAGAGAGUUACAGUAGUCUAAGCGUGAGGAGAUGAAGGUGUGGAGAACUGUCUCAAGUUCAGAGCAUGAUAGAAUUGGACUCAGCUUUGCAACGUUCCUUAGAUGGAAGAAGGAAGAGCGAAAACUGUAUGACCUUCCUACAAUACCUGGGCAUGCUUCUGAUGAGGUGGAAGAUGAUCUCCUAAUGGAUCUCCUAGACCUGGACUACAGCAACUGCCAACUCCUAGACAGUCUGUGGUGCAACAUUUGGUGGAUGGAGCGAGCCGCGAUGUCCCAGAUGUGCUCAAUUGCCACACUCCAGCCACAAUAGGUCUAGCUUUGUCUUGCAUUAGGAGAAACCCAGGGCCAACCGCACCAGCAUAUGGUCUCACAAGGGGUCUGAGGAUCUCAGUACCUAAUGGCAGUCAGGCUUCCUCUAGCGAGGACAUGGACAUGUGGCGCCCAAAAGAAAUGCCACCCCACACAAUUACUGACGCUCUGCAAAACCAGUUAUGCUGGAGGAUGUUGCAGGCAGCUGAACGUUUUCCACGGCGUCUUCAGACUCUGUCACGUCUGUCACAUGUGCUCAGUAUGAACCUGCUUUAAUCUGUGAAGAGCACAGGGCACCAGUUGAGAAUUUGCUAAUUUUGGUAUUCUCUGGCAAAUGCCAAGUGUCGUGCACGAUGUUGGGCUGUAAGCACAACUCCCACCUCUGGCCCUCAUACCACCCUCAUGGAGUCCGUUUCUGACUGAGCAGACACGUGCACAUUUGUGACCCGCUGGAGGUCAUUUUGCAGGACUCUGGCAGUGCUCCCCCUGUUCCUCCUUGCACAGAGGCAGAGGUUGCGAUCCUGCUGGGUUGUUGCCCUCCACGUCUCCUGAUAUACUGGCCUGUCUCCUGGUAGUGCUUCCUUGCUCUGGAGUGUAAAGCAUUGAGUGAAAGCACAGCCAGCAUUCAAAAGUGACCAAAACAUCAGCCAACAAGCACAGGAACUGAGAAGGGGUCUGUGGUCACCACCUGCAGAUCCACUCCAUUAUUGGGGAUGGCUUGCUAAAUGUCUAUAAUGUCCACCUGUUGUCUGUUCCAUUUGAACAAUAGCAGUGAAAUUGAUUGUGUUGCGUCCUAAGUGGACUGUAUGAUUUCAUAGAAGAGUGAUUGACUUGGAGUUGCACUGUGUUGUUUAAGUGUUCCUUUUAUAUUUUUGUGCAGUGUAUGUAAAUAUACAGUCUGGCCAGUGCUAGGACCAAUCAGAACAACAGGACAUGCUUAGACCAGCUCAGUGGCUUAGUGCCCUAGUGUCCGCCCUGAGACCAGGAGAUUGAGGGUUCAAAUUCACAGUUGGGUCAUGCCAAAGACUUAAAAGAAACUGGACUCAGUGCCUCCCUGCUUGACACUCAGCAUCAAGUGGUUGGAUUGGGGGGUUAAACCACCAAAUGGUUCCCAAGCAUGGCUGUGUCUGCAGCUCACCACUCCCCCAGGGUCAAAUGCAAACAAAUUUUACACACUUGUGUGACUUUCACUUCACUCAUCAGUAUGGAAAUCAGUCAAUAGGGAGUCUGCCAUACACCAUCAAAGACGAAGAAGCAAAUGCAUCCUUUUUCACAAUACAGGACUUAAGUAUCGGCUCAUGUCUCUAAAGCCUGAGUCAUGUUUCUCCGUCAGCUCCAAAAAGGAGAGACACGCACGCACGGACGGAGACAUUUAGCCCUCAUACUUCUCCGUCUCCUGGGGAGUGUUGUAAAGCAAUUCCCCGCCAGGACCACAGAGGGCGUAGUGCUGUUCUGUGGUAUCCUGUCAUGUAUCCGGUCCAAGAUAGUGUGCUUAUAUUGUGUUUUUUUGUAUAUAAGAAACUUUUUAGCACGGACAAAUUUGUCUCUCAUUCUCCUCCACCUCUUCAUGUGCUCGUGACGUCUAAACCCACGUUUCCUGUCAUUUCCGUCCACAAAUAAAAUGCUUGCUGCGCAACUUUUCUCUCCUCCAGUCACGGGGGAAUUAAACGUUCAUAUUUUUAGAGUUUUUUCCCGAGGUAUUCUUCAAGCUUCUUCAUGUCUCCCGCUAGUUAUCCUCGGCUCUCUUUAUGUUUUUGAGGGCGCAAUGGCGGCGGUGUAGACGACAGCGGUGCCCUGACCAAUCACAAGCUUGCGUUCUCCGUCUCGACGGACGGAUGUUUAGAAAAGAGAGCUCGGCUCCGUCCGUUCUUGCGGGGGCUCUCCAGCAGGCCCACAAGGACGGAUAAUGGCGUUGCGUGCCUCCGCACUGACGCAGAAGCAUGACUCAGGCUUAAGAAACGCCCAAAUCUAAAUGUUCCAAAGCCGUCUCAAACAAGAGAUGUUCCCGAGCCGAUGCCAUGCUUGUUGUUUUUCUCUGUCACAGCUCUUGCAAGACCAUCCGACAAACCUCUACAAACAGAGCGCCGUGAUUGGCCCAACAUUGAAUUGUUUGAGCCAAUGGUAGACCUGCUGAGGAUACAAUGGAGCGUGUCUAGACCUACCUGCUACGGUUUGUCUAGAUUUCUAGGUUAAUGAAAUGUUUGAGAUUACAUUUGUUUUAGGUGAUAGAAAUCCACUGAUUAGCCAUUAGCUUGUCAGUUGUAAUCUAUUUCUAUAAACUUAGGUUGUUCAUAGAGGUAUUUAAAACAGAUAUGAAAGAUUCACCGAAACCCACUUUCCUUCAUGCCUGUCCAAAAAGGCUUUCACGUGAGAUUCAUGAAACCACAAAAGCUUCAAGUUCAGAACGAUGAAGACGCUCGUUGCUAAAACUGAGUCUGAUAGUUGCCUGGUGGGUAAAUACAGUGGAAUGACAGGCUGGAAUGUAUCCCAGAAUGCACAGAGCAGAAGGCAGGAAACACCCUGGACGAGCUGCCAGCAAGUUACAAACCUACAAAUGACUAAUACCCGAGUCAUUCUUUAAUUCACACCUACGUGCACUCCAAGCACGCAGAUUCACAAGUGUUUGAACUGUGGGAGGAGACCGAUACGGGCGGCGUAGAGGCUUCACACAGGAAAAAAGCAGGAGUGGGUGUGAAGUUCUGCUGUGAGGCUUUACACUACGACACCCAGCUGCUGACAGAUCAUAAAUAAAAUCCACAAAAGGGAAAAAAAUUCAAACAUUUCUCACAGGAAAACUGAUCUGUUCAAAAUGAAGAAGAACUUUUCAGCAAAAGAGAAGCUGGAUCCAAAAGUGCCAUCAUAUAAAAAUGCCCCUCAACCUUUAUCAGAAAAGAACAUGUUUGAAAGCUCUAUACUGAUAAGCUCCGAUCGCAUUUAUUAAAUUGAAUUAGUCUUACAUAAUUAAAAUUUCUUUGAUCCCUUUUAGAAAUGAUUAAUUCACCUUUUCUAAACAAUUAAAAAACAAAUAUUGAAAAAUGACUGCAAAGAAGAAGAAAGUAUCAUUGCUAUAGCGCCUUUCAAGAUAAAAAUCACGAGGCGCUUCACAAAAAAAAAAAAAAAAAAAAAGUAAAAAUAUAAAAAAUCAUUUAGAAAAUGUUUAAAAAAUAUUUAAAAUGAGCAAAAAUAGGCAAUUGGGAUUUAAAAGAAAAAAUGUUAAGAAAGAGAGAGAGUGAAUGGGAAAGAGGGAAAUCAGUGGAUCCUGAGGAAGGUGGAAUAGGUGGGGAGAGCAGAAUAAAGAGAGAGGUGAAGAAGGUCAUACAAAAGCCAGCUUGAACAGGUGAGUCUUCAGCUGCUUUUUGAAGGAGACCACUGAGUCCACUGAUCUCAGGCUCAGGGGGAGAGAGUUCCAGAGUCUGGGGGCCACAGCAGCAAAUGAUCUGUCACCUUUAGUCUUUAGCCUGGUGCUGCACAACCAGUAGGCUUUGAUCACUGGACCUCAGGGACCUGCUGGGGGUGUAGGGACUAAGAAGAUCACCAAUGUAAGAUGGUGCUUGUCCAUGUAAGGCCCUAUAGACCAGAACCAGGAUCUUGAAAUGAACCCUGAAGUUGACUGGCAGCCAGUGAAGCCGUCCAAGAGUGUCAUUACUCCUGGAAACGUCAAUAAAUGAAAACAUUCUCAUGCAUUAUUAUUUUUUGAUGAGAGUGAGUUUCAUUUUUUAUUUGGGAUCUCAAUUGCAAUAAUUUAGAGGAAGAACUUGUUCUGGUUUUUAAGUUUAGUGUCAGCAAACUAAAACAGUUCAGUUUUGGAUUAAGAAUCGAUAUUAGAAUAAACUAACAUAUCAAUGAAAUAAACGUUUGUUAUGACUAAAAUAGCCUUUUAAUAUUUCUGAAUGUUUUAUUCCCACAGAGGGACUAACUUGUCCCACAGCAGCAGCUGGAAAUGAUCAUUUAAAUUCAAUUCAAUUCAAAUCCAAAAUUACUUUAUUAAUCCCAGAGGGAAAUUGAUUGCUGUAGUAGCUCAGAAUAAUAAUAAUAAUCAAGUCAUCAAAGAGUUGUUGUAUAUUACAAUGGCUGUUGGCAGGAAGGAUCUCCAGUAGCGGUCAGUGUUGCAGCGAAACUGAAGAAGCCUCUGACUGAAGACACUCUUCCGUUGUCGGACAGUCUUGUGAAGAGAAUGCUCAGGGUUGUCCAUCAUUUUCUUGAUUCUCUGGAGAAUCCUUCUUUGCAUUAUCUCCUCCAGUGGUUCCACUGUCGUCCCCAGAACAGAACCAGCCUUUUUUAUUAGGCUGUUGAGCCUUUUCAGGUCCCUGCUUCUGAUAUGCUGCUACCCCAACAGACGAUGGCUGAAGAGAUUACACUCUCAACAACAGACUUGUAGAAGAUCUGCAGCAUCUUGCUACAGACAUUGAAGGACCUAAGCGUUCUCAAGAAGUGCAGUCUGCUGUGUCCAUUCUUGUAAACAUUUGGUUAAGGUAAAGAUUUGGCUGUUAAGCAUUUGGUUGCUGUGUGUCUUAAAACCAUGAGUUUAUUAGAGGUUAAUUAGUUUUAGUUACGGUCUAAUAUCAUUUUUCUUAUGGCUCCUAAUUGUGUGAGGCAUGUUUAUUUGUGCUGAGACAAAUAGAAAUAUUUCACACUCUAAAAUGUGGAAUUCUGUGCGGGUACAAAAAAUAAAAAACCUCCAAGAAAAGGAUACAUCUGCUGAUUACCAAGUCAGUAUGAAUAAUUUUUGCCUUUUCUUUUCUGUAAGAUUCCAGGGACACAAUGAGAUUUGCUGUAUAAAAGGUAAGUGAAUAGUUGUGAAGUGUCUAAGCCAUUCAUCACACUUUCUUAUAAUGAACACAAAUUCUUUCAGGUAAAUUCUUUAGAUGAAUUUGAUUUUUUCUUUUUAAAUACAUUUAUGUCGAAAUCCUGUUUUAAAAGGUUUGUGAAGCUUUUCUGCCUUUGUGUGACGAGACACCAGGAGAGGCUGGUGGAGAAGCCGGUUCAGUGUUCGUAUGGUUCUGAGUUCUGCAGCACCAGAGCAUCUUCUCAGCUGGGAUUUAACUUGGUUACAGUGGAGAGGCCUCGUGACCCAGUGGUGACCUCUGAGAAAGUCAAAAACACACCAGCAAGCUGGACUACUGGUGCUUUUGGGCUAUUAAAAGAGAAAUCUGAGAGGUGAUUUUAACACUUUGCUACUCAAACUAAAACAAAGUUAAAAAUGACCAUAUCACUUCCCACCAUCAGUAAAAAAUAAACCAUCGGGCUCCAUCUGCUGAGCUGACCUUAAUAUCUCAGUUUAUACCACAAAAUCUGGAUUUUCUUGUAAAUAAAUUCUACAUGACCCUUGACGAAAACUCCUUUGGCAGAUCACUUACUUUUUUCCUCCAUUCUAAUUCUCCACACUGGUGUUUUUAAAUCACUCGUCGGCUCUCGUCCUUCUCUUGAAGUAGUUUUUUUUUCCAUUCAAGACUGGAGCGUGAUCCGACUUUGUCCUCUGUGGGUGAAAAUGUUCAUCCUUUCACUGAAGUGACAUCCUCACGGACACAUCUAACCAAUAAAAUCAGAUAAGUGAUUACAUAUGCACCUAUUCAUCACGGGUCCUCGUUUGUGUGGCUGUAAUCUGAAGCAUCUAUGAACACAUGAGGCUUGCCUCCCUUGCUCAUAUUCUUUUGAAUAACAUUUAUUUUAAAGUUUGUCUGAGGUUCACACCUGGUGGUUCCACUUUCUUUCCUCUGGUGCCACCUACUGGGCAGUUGGGUUCAUGUUGCAGCAGAAUGGACUAAAACCACAGAAAAUUUAAAGAACUAAUGACUUCAGCAAAAACUAAUCUGCAGCAGUUCUCAAUUCUGGUCCUUGAGGGCCAGUAUCCAGCAUGUUUUCAUUGUGCCUCUGCUCCAACACACUUGAUCAGCAGCUCAUCUGGUUCUGCAGGCCAUUUAGCACCGGCUGAUUAAAAUCAGGUGUGUUGAAGCAGAGAAACAACCAGAGUAUGCUGGAUUCUGGCCCUCCAGGACCAGGAUUGAAAACCCCUGAUCUUCAGGGUGGUUUUCUCCCCUUCAGUGCUACUGAUAGUCUGUAACCAUGCUAAUGCUAGUCUUAAGGUGAGAAAUUCUUUCAGCAAAUCUCCCCAAGUACGCAUCAGCAGCUCUCUCCAGUCUCACGUACGAAACAGUCGUUUGUAGCGGAGUCCUCACUUAACAUUUAAGGUGGUUUAUCGAGUUCAUAGGGAACAUACACACACACUAUCCUAGGGAGUGAUAACAGUCAAAUCAGAAAGGCUCAGUAAGAGCUUAGCGUGAGUAAAUAUAGCAGUUGGGCCUAAUCCUCUGCAUUAUCCAGUGUGCUCAUCAUGCUAUGACAGUGGACGAAACAGUUCAUAAGGCAUUAAGGUUGUUCCCCAGAAUAGAUUUAUUCACGUUGGGACCAGACAGACCUAGUGAAUGACACAAGGAGGUAUUCAUAUUUGUUUAUGAGGAAUGACAUUGGUAAAGAGGGUGUGGAACGUUUUAAAAUCAAAGAUGCACAACGCACAGCCAUUUCUCACGGCUACUGGUGAGGUGCUAAUUUGUUCCCAUAAAUAAGGCAGAAUGCAAAGUCCAUAGAAAUGGAAAGUUAAUACAUUUAGCCAAAUUGGACAGUGAUGUGACAUGAAGACUUAGAUGUAUUUCUUCAUCUCAUCGUACAACACCAGCACAAAGGCCCCACCCAUGCCUCUGAGCACGUUGGACCAGGCUCCCUUGAAGAAAGCCUUGCCACCUUCGUCGCGUGCAAUCUUGCGCCAGCAGUCAAUGGUCCCACUGUACAUGAUGUCGGCUGAAGGAAAAACAAAAAAACAAGUUAGACAAAAUAAUGAAUGCAUUUAACUUCUAUCUCAGUAGAAGCACGCUACGAACCACAAACAUUCCAAAAGGUUACAAACUCACCUCCUUUGCGUCCGGACUGCAUCAUCAUGCGUCUACGAACAGUAUCGAAGGGGUAUGAAGUCAGGCCAGCAACAGCCGUUACAGUCUGUGCGAUCAUCCAGCUCACCAGUAUGUGUGUGUUCUUGGGGUCUGGAAGCAUACCUGUAAACACAGGAGAGGAAACACUCUAAACACCCAGAAACUACAGACUAGUCCACCAGAGGCUAGCCAGCGUGACACCAACAUACCCUUAGCCGUGUCAUAGAUGCCGAAGUAUGCUGCCCUGUAGAUGAUGAUGCCCUGCACUGACACGUUGAAGCCUUGGUACAACCCUUUCAGACCAUCAGACCUAAAGAUCUUCACCAGGCAGUCACCCAGACCCUUGAAUUCUCGCUCCUGUCCUGCCUUUCCCACGUCCGCUGCCAGACGGGUACGGGCAAAGUCGAGGGGGUACACGAAACAGAGAGAGGUGGCUCCAGCGGCGCCACCGGAGGCAAGGUUACCAGCAAAGUACCUCCAGAACUGGGCGCGCUUGUCAACACCAUCAAGGAAGAUCUUCUUGUACUUGUCUUUGAAGGCAAAGUUGAGGGCCUGGGUGGGGAAGUAUCUGAUGACAUUGGCGAGGUUACCUCUCCAGAAGGACAGGAAUCCCUGCUCCCUGGGGAUACGGACAACGCAGUCCAUGAUACCUUUAUACUGCUUGUCUACGGUGAUCUGUUUGCUGGCAUGCUGGACCUGAAAUGAAAAAUAAAGAAUAAACCAUGGCAUCAACAAAAAGAAAAGGACAGCCAAUCAACAGGUGGGCACACGACACUGUCCUUUUGACGUGACCUUUACCGCAGUAACAAGCAGUAAAAGUUGUUGAAAAGUCCACGACUGUGCUCCUAAUCAGAGCUAUCAGUGUUUAUUGGCAAUCACCGAUGAGGAUGGGGCUUCAGUGUAGGACUAAAAAAUGUUUUUCCUAUGUCCUUUUCACAAGAAUAAUUAUUUAUUUUAUUCAUUUAUUAGUAGUUAAAACUCAACAGAUAACGUGUCUAAACUUAGAUUUUUUCCAACUAUUAGUUUUAGUUUCAUGUACUGACGCUGUCCUAGUUACUGUAGAGUGAACGAAUGCUGUCCAUUAGAAUUAACUAAUAAACCAGGUCACUUAUUAGAGAAACAAGCAAACCACAUAGCUGUAAACCUCACUGAUCCUUUCCCUUAAAGUCUUUCACUUUUAGACACGUUCAUGUUUCACGUAUGUUGUAAAGAAUACGAGCUGAAGCACUUAUCAGAAAUAGGCGACUUAAAUCAAAAGAACUAGCAUAAGCUAACCCACACUUGUCCAGAACUAAACGAGACAAAAAGUACUAAUAGAGUUAGUUUAGUGUUGACAGGAUCAAUAAAUAACGCGUUCCAACUCUGCAUCACUUAUCAGUCUGAAGCGGAAAGGGAUGUAGCACUGGUUGACCCGGCCUUUCAUCUUUAACCGGUACAUUAGCCUCCACUGUGAUUAAGUAGUUAAAAUGAAGACGAAACGGUACAUACAACGUUGUUUUAUAACUCCAAGCAAAAUGUAUGAGCUUUAAAUAAACUGACCGGGUCACAACCGGUUUGAACAAAGUGUACCAACGUCUCUAAAUGUGUUUGUCCUUUGUUAGCAGCCGGGCUCCUGUAGGUCAUUUAGCCUUCUAUGAUGACCUCAAAUCUUUUAAUUCAACAAUAUUUUUUAAUACCUAACUUUUCUUAUCUAGCAGCAUUAAUUAAGGAAACACGGUAACCUCUGAGCCGGUGGAUGUGUCAGUAAAGCACGCAGCGACCCAUAGGGCGUUCUUUAGCGACUAGCCGGCUAACGCUGGGAACCUUCCGGAAGUUUUACCUGAAGGAGAAGCUUCACUCUCUCAAUCGGGGCGACGGCUGUUUUAGAAAUGGCAGCGGAAAUGCCGCCAGCCAAGAAGUCCUUAGCGAAAGAAAUGGCCUGUUCACUCAUGUUGCGAUGUUCUUGAUGUGCCUUUCAGGUAACCAGUAUACACGCUGUAUCCCCACUGCCCUUUAUGGCUGAUGGCCUGCACCGACGAAA